AUGGCCCACCCGGCUCAGAUGAACAAUCUGACGACCCUCAUCAAACGGUCAGUAAUAAGAAUUCACGAAGAUUCUCACUUGGCAACCGUCCUAUUUUCAACCCUUCUGUUCCCUGCUAACUCGACCCCGUAAAGCCUUGAGGCUGCCACCUCCCGUUUGGAGGAUUUAGCAUCGCCUCCUGUCGACUCUAAUCCCGGUGUAACUACUGCACUUCCUAGUAAUACCAGCGCGUCUUCUUUGGUGUCGACUACUACAGUACAAAAUCCACCCCCGCCAGCUCCAGAGCCGCUUCCUGCAUCUGUUGAGGACUUUGACGAGCUGAUAGCUAGGGAAGUCGCACUGUAUGUUAACAAGAGCACCGAGAUAGGCGAUCUCGUAGCAGAACAGGUUCGGCACUUUCUCAGUGUAGUAUUACAUCUCCCGGCUCCUGAUUCAAGUUGUCAUGCAGAGUAAAGCUGUUGAGAAAUGCUUCGCGGCUCAGAGAAAAUUUCUUGUUAUCACAACCAAGGCCAAGAAGCCAGGAUCAUCAACGCAACUAUUUGUUGAUCUGGUCGCUGAAAUGCAAACUGAGCUUACCAACGUCUCCAAUAUCCGCGAAAAUAAUCGGCACUCUGCGCUCUCCAACCAUUUGUCGACCGUUAGUGAAGGUAUUCCCGGUCUUGCUUGGGUAACGGUGGAGGGGAAGCCAGCAAAAUAUGUCAGAGAAAUGCUGGGUGCUGCGCAAUUCUUCGGUAAUCGUGUGAUUACUUCGCACAAGGAAACGUGUGCCAUACAAACUCCUUGAUGCCUUCGGUUCAAAUACUAAUUAAAAUAGGUCUCCAAAGCACGUUGAAUGGGUGCGCUCGUUUUAUACUGUCCUGAUGGCUCUUGAAACCUAUGUUGCCAACCAUCAUGUCCUGGGAGUGACAUGGAAUGCUAGAGGCAUCGAUGCCAAAGAAGCGCUCGCACUCGCAAGUAGCUCUUCGACGCCUUCGCAAGGACCCGCCCCCACCAGUGGAGCCCCCCCUCCUCCGCCCCCGCCUCCACCACCUCCACCGCCGCCACCGGGCGCACUUGAUGGGCCAGGAACUCCUGCAGGAGGAGAUAUUGGCUCAGUGUUUGCCGAAAUCAACCGUGGGUCCGAUGUUACGGCUGGCUUGCGCAAAGUGAAUAAGGAUGAAAUGACACACAAAAACCCGUCUCUCAGAGCGAGCUCCAUUGUCCCAGCCGGAUCCUCUUCAAGCCUAAGAACAAAGUCGCCUGCUCCUCCUUCAAAAUCUAAGCCUGCACACUUGACUAGGAAGAAGCCUCCUAAGAAGGAAUUGGAUGGAAGUAAAUGGUACAUUGUAAGUAGCAAAUUCUCACCGACCAUCUCUCGGUCUCCCGACAUUAACAACGUUUUACGCCACAGGAGAAUUAUGAGAACGAACAUUCAUUGACCCUUAAGGAUGUUGAAAUCAACCACUCGGUUUUCAUCUUCCGUUGCAAGAACACAACAAUCCAGAUCAAGGGCAAGAUCAACGCCGUUUCUCUUAACGAAUGCGUCAAGACAAACGUCAUUGUGGACAACCUUGUCUCUUCCAUUGAGGUCAUCAAGUCUAAUAAUUUUGCCAUACAAAUCAUGGGCAAGGCACCAAAUCUACAGGUCGACCAAUGCGACGGUGGCACAGUAUAUGUCUCGAAGGAGUCAUUGGACAUGGAAAUCUUCACUUCGAAAUCAUCGGCAAUCAAUAUCAAUGUUCCAGGGGCUGGCGAAGAUUGGGACUAUCAAGAGUGCCCGGUGCCAGAGCAAUUAAAGACUACGAUCAAGGGUGGCAAGUUAGAGACUGAGAUUGUAGAGCAUGCUGGUUGA